AUGGGGAGAGUAAAGCUUCAAAUCAAGAAAAUAGAGAAUACAACAAAUAGACAAGUCACUUUCUCCAAAAGAAGGAAUGGUCUUAUCAAGAAAGCUUAUGAACUUUCUGUACUUUGUGAUGUUGAUGUUGCACUCAUCAUGUUCUCUCCUUCUGGUCGAGUUAGUACUUUCUCCGGAAAUAAAAGCAUUGAAGAUAUUAUGGCACGUUAUGUGAACCUUCCGGAGCAUGAUCGAGGACGGCUACACAACCAAGAGCAUCUCCAAAGGGCUAUUGCCAAGCUAAAAUGUGAAGCAGAUCGAACUUAUCAACCACCAAGCCCAGCGAGUGUUGAUUCCCACAUUGAGGAAUUUCAACAAGAAAUUAUUCGAUACAAGACUCAACUAGAAGACAUGGAAAGGCGACUAAGAAUGUAUGAAGGCGAUUUUUGUGAAAUCACCACAGUAUGUGAGGCACAAUAUAAGGAAGAAAUACUCCAAGAGACACUAAAACAAGUCCAAGCUCGCAAACAAGUAUUGGAAGAAAAUUAUAACUCUCCCCAAGCGCAAACCACUACACAGCCACAGAUGGAUUUUGCAGGACAGAAUGUGAACAUGGUGAAUAAUGUGGGAACAAGUGAUUCAAUUGCAAAUAGUACAUUCAUGGAUUGGGUUCCACACUCACAGAGAGAUCCUCAUGUCCAAAUUCUCAAUUUUCUUGAUUCCAAUGGCCUUCUUCCCUUCAGAGAUGAAGCUGAUCAACGCAUGGACAACAUGUUACCACCAUCUUUAAAUCAACUUCACACUGUCAAUAUCCCUGCAGUAACAGAUCAUCUCAGUCCAAAUAAUCGAUUUGAUCAAAAUGAUCCGCCGCGUCCAACAUCGUUCAAUGGCAUAAUUGAUGUCAAUAAUGCACCAUGGCCACCGUUAUAUCCAACAGGGGACGAUCCAUUUCCAGUGUCACAACCCAGAGAACGAGCACUUCUUGAACUCUUCUUGUCUCAACUCACUCCUGUGAACCAAGAUCACAUAUGAGGAUCAUAUUAUUGUUUUGUUAUACUUAGAAUUUGGUCUUUUUUUUCAUUUUGCUCUCUCUGUUCCGUUUUGAUAUCGCUAAUAUUUCAACAUACUAGAUUAGAAAGUUUAUUACUAGCAUAUGUUACGGUAAUUUGUUCCAAAAAUCGCAAUUAAGUUAAACUCGUCAAUAAAUAUAGUGCUCAG